AUGGCCGACCGGUCCCCGGUGCACAUCCUCGCCGGGUCCAGCACCACCAACGCAAACUUCAGCCGAAACACCCCCGGCGUGCGGCAGCUCAAGUCGGGAAAACAGAAAAAACAGCCCUCCUCGCCCUUCUCGUCCAGCCCCACAAACGGACUGGCCACCAGCGUGCCCAUCAGCCGCCGCUGCUGCCGGAAAUCCUCCGGCAUGCUGCUCAUGUCCUUCUGGCCCUUCUCGUCCCAGAUGCUGCAGUGCACGACCGAGAACUGGUGGCGCAGGCGCCGCGCCACCUCGUCCUUGCUGAGGGUCGCGUCGUGGAUGGUCAGUUGCACGAUGGGCGGCGGGUCGAUCACGCGCCGGUCGCGCUCGCCGAAGCCGCAGCUGCGGGCGGCGGAGGGUUGUUGGCGGACGGUGAUGCGGUGUUCGGAGGUGGGGGUGCGUGGGGGCGCGGGCGGUGGUGCCGGGUGUGAGUGGUGGUGGUGGGAGCUGCUGCCCGUUGGGGGUGCUGCUGUUGGUGAUGGUGGUGGUGGGUGGUGGUGGUGGUGGUGGUGUGGAUUGUUGUUGCUAUUGUUGCUGCCCCCGGUGAGGAGGUUGGAAUAUGCUCAUGGAAUUUGGGUUCUUGCCGCGGUGAGGGUGGAUGGCUGCGUGCUCGGUGGGCUACGCGGCAGUUGUGGAGCCGGGAGGCGGCCGCUGGGUAUUAUGGAUGGGGAGGAAUAG